AUGUAUCCGCGAGUGUCUCUACUCCCGAGCGGAUUUCUCACACUCCCCGAGCACUUCUUCUGCGCCGACCAGCGAGACACGUCUGUCCGAAACACGGUUCCAUCCAUGUCAUUUCUGAUCCAUCAUUUGGGCACGGACUUAAAGUUGGUCUUCGACCUCGGCAUGCGGAGGAAUCUAGAUGACUACCCGGCUGACGUUCAACCUCAUCUGUCUACACGACAACCGAUCCAUACGUAUCCUGACGUUAGCGAAUCUUUGCGACGAGGGGGUUCAACUCCAUCCAGCAUUGAUGCUGUUAUCCUUAGUCACGUUCACUACGACCAUGUGGGCACGCCCAGCGACUUUGAGAACGCGCAUUUCAUUGUCGGAUCUGGGACCCAGCAUCUUCUACAACAUGGGAUGAACUAUCAUUCCGCAGCCAAGUUUGAGAAAGAUCUUCUUCCAAUCGGUCGCGUAAUUGAACUAGAAGGACCUUGGCGCCCAGGAUCAAAGAACGAUUGCGGAUCUGGUCAGCCAGCAAAUCCAGGACUCGACCAACUGAGGUCCGGUAUUUCUCAUGACUGGAAACCGCUUGGGCCAUUCGAGAAUACAAUAGACGUCUUUGGCGAUGGCCUCAUCUUCAUAGUCGAUAGUCCUGGCCAUCUGGUCGGGCACACAAAUCUGCUCGUACGGGUUGCACAGGAUCAAUACGUCUAUCUCGCUGGAGAUGCGUGUCAUCAUCCAAGAAUUCUUGAUGGCCUGACAGAGAUGUCUGAAUGGGUCGAGAACGCGCUUGCAGCGGAGACAGUAAGAAAGAUCAGACAAGUCCGCAGCGAGGGACUGGAAGGCGUUCCUAACGUGGAGGUUGUUUUGGCGCAUGACGGCGAAUGGUUUGAUAAGCAUCAGGAUGCCAUCUUCCCUGGGCACUUUACGGCUUGA